AUGGCCAAAGCACUAUUAUCUCUCUCCUUCCUCUUCGUCCUCCACGCCCUCUUCUUCACGACGCUCCUCAAACCGUCGAACUCACAGCCUGCGACUGAUGCGAACACGGACUUCAUCGAGUCCUCAUGCAAGUCCACGCACUACCAGGCGCUCUGCGUCCAGUGCCUCUCCGGCUACGCCUCCUCCGUCCAGCAGGACCCCCGCCUGCUCGCCCGGGCCGCGCUCCAGGUCAGCCUCGACCGGGCCCACGACGUCUCGUCCUACGUUGCACGGCUGUCCCAGUUCCAGGGCAUCACGCCCCGGGAGUCCCAGGCCGUGCGGGACUGCAUGCAGAACGUGGGCGACAGCGUGAACCGGUUGAGCCAGUCCAUCAACGAGCUCGGCCAGAUGGGAGGCCAGGCGGCCGCGGGGGACGCGUUCGAAUGGCACAUGAGCAACGUGCAGACGUGGGUGAGCGGGGCCCUUACCGACGAGAACAUGUGCCUCGAUGGGUUCUCGAGGCCGGACAUGGAUGGGAGCGUGAAGAAUUCGGUGAGGGGGCAGGUGGAGGAGCUGGGGCAGGUGGUGAGCAACGCGCUGGCCCUGGUGGACAGGUUCGGGUCGAGGCGCCGCGGGGCCAAAGCACAGCCGUAGCUCCGGGUCAUCACGGCAGGAAGUCAAGGUCAGGGUUGAGGCUGAAAGAACACGUUAGUUGGUGUAAAUGGCGAUGAGAAAGGAAGGUGGUUGGUAGAUGUAUAACAUAUGUAGGAACUUGAGUUCUGCUGUCGCAUGUUAAGCUUUUCGAAUGUUAAGAAGUUCUGUGAAA